UUGCAGUGAACAUCUAAAAUGAUCAUUUGUUUCGUCAACUGCAUAAGUCUAAAAAAAUGCGAUGAGCGAUUUUUAUGAAUCACACUCCGAAAGUGUAAAUCGAUUCAGAGUGUCAAGUCUUGCGUAAGAUGCUUUGAAAGAAAUGGAAUCGAAUCAGAAGAGAGAAUAUCAUGCAGAGUUUGUCGUUCUUAGCGACACAGUUCGUCAGCGGCGUGGUAGAACGCCCAAUUCAUCUCAUCAAGAGAGUGAUAUGAAGGAAACAUCAAUGCAGAAUAUAGAACAGCAAAGUAAUGUUCUGCCUGAUCUUUUGCCCGCCACUUUUAGGCUGGCUGAAACGAGUGCCUUAUUUUCACGUAUAUCUAGUGAUAAACCAUUACCACAGGGUGCUUCAAAUCCGAAACCCAUCAACUAUCAAUAUAAUGAAUGUUCGGUUGUCGAAAUCAAAGAGAAAAACGUUAGCACUAAAAUGUCAGUUAAGAAUAUCGACACGGCUCUAUGGGAUACACCUCAGCAUGGUCAAAUAGUUGAUACCAUAAACAUCUUAGAAACCUGCAACUCAUUUGAACCUGAAUUUGUUGAAACGGUACACAUCGUAGAUGCGUCAUCUGAUACGGACACUAGUUGUCCAUCGCCUAAAACAGAACGAAAGCAGAUAGAUGCCAAACCAUCAAUAAUGAUGGAUACUAGUACGCCUAAACAGCAACCAUUAGGCGAACGACGACAGCCUUCAAUAGAUAGGCAACAAUUACCCGGAAACACAAUUUUUGGCUCAAAUUACUCUAGUGAAGUGCGAAACGAUGAUCGAAUCAAUCUCAAAGAUUUAUUCACUAGCAAAGGGUGGCACACUUUGGAUCCAUCGGUUUACAACUUUUUCUGCGAUGAACGGGACAGUUUUUACAGUUCCGAUAAAGAAAUUUAUGAUGAACCACUUGUAUUCUCAGAGGAUGAGGACAUUCCACGGUAUUCUAUCGAAAUGGCAACCGAUUCGGACAGUGAUACGAGUCGCAUCGAGACGCCAAAUGCAAGUAAGUUGGGAGAAAAGAGUUUCAAGGUCGUCUCUCCAGGUGACCAGUCACCAUUGAGCCCGAUCGGGACAUAUCGAUACGAUUCGUACAAAAAGCUCACCUCUCUCGAGCAACGAGUGAAUGAAUUCGACAAAACGGCUAAAUAUAUGAUUAAAAGUUAGAGCAAACGCGUGAGAAAAUCGACAACUGCGAAGAUGGGCCCAGUGUGGUGGAGAAUCUAAAAUUGACCAUUGCUCCAGAUGCUGCCACGCUUAUCUCCCAAGGAGAUACACUGAUUUUGAAACACAUGGCAAGUCCAAUGUACUGACUCAA